AGCUCCUUGUGUCUCCCACCCUAGAGAAAUAAGGCAUCUCUACAACGCUGCAAGCACCAUCUUCAACGAUCAUCGCUCGCAAUGGAUCAAAUCGACCUAAAAAGCGGUUUCAACCCACAAACCAAAACCUUCCACAGCCUAAGAUCGCCCAUUAAUCUUCCCCCAGAAAACGCCCCAUUAAACGCAGCUACCUAUGCUCUCUCACUUCAAUCGGCUUCUCCAUGGUCUAACCCCAUCGCUUUAAUCGACUCCGCCACCGGCCGACGGGUUGCGUACUCGGAGUUCGCCAACCGAACCCAGUCACUAGCCUCUUAUCUUCAGAGGGUAGUAAAGCUCUCCAAAGGAGACACCGCUUUUGUUCUCUGUGCAAACAGUAUACGAGUUCCCAUUCUUUACUUCUCGCUUCUUUCCAUCGGCGUCGUUAUCUCUCCGGCGAACCCAAUCAGCUCUGGCUCGGAAAUUUUCCGUCAAGUGGAGGUAUCGAAGCCAGUGAUUGCAUUUUCCACCUCAUCAACUGCCCACAAGCUCCCCAAGCUCCGUUACGAAACGAUUAUAAUUGACUCGCCCGAGUUCGACUCAAUGACUAGUACAAAACAUGAGACGGACUCGGUGGAAGUGAGUCAGCACGAUUUGGCAGCAAUCUUGUACUCGUCCGGUACUACGGGCAGGACCAAAGGCGUGAUGUUGACACACCGGAAUCUAAUAGGAGUAGUCAGCGGCUACCAUGGGGUUAAAGAAGAGAGAAAAUCGCCGGCGGUGGCACUGUACCCGGUACCGUAUUCCCACGUGUUUGGGUUUUUCUACUGCUUGAAGUCUGUGGCCGUGAGCGAGACGGUAGUGGUGAUAGGGAGGUUUGACGUGAGGAAGAUGGUUAAGGCUGUGGAGGAGUUCAGAGUGACCCACUUGUCGGUGGUUCCGCCGGUUGUAGUAGCCAUGACAAAAGGUGAUAUAGUGGACGGCUUUGACUUGAGGUCGCUGGAGCGGGUGGCUUCCGGUGCUGCUCCGCUGGGGAAGGAAGUUAUCGCCGUGUUCAAACAGAGGUUCCCUGGCAUUAUGCUCUCCCAGGGUUAUGGACUGACCGAAUCAACGGGGGCAGUUUUUGGGUUGUUACGUCCCGAAGAAUGUCUCAAUUGGGGCUCAGCUGGAAGGCUUUUUCCUCAUUGUGAAGCAAAAAUUGUUGAUCCAACCACGGGGGAUGCCUUGCUUCCAUCCCAACAAGGCGAAAUUUGGCUCAGAGGGCCUACCAUAAUGAAAGGUUAUAUCAACGAUCCAGAAGCAACUUUAUCUACUUUGGUAUCCGAUGGAUGGUUGAGGACCGGUGAUCUCGGUUACAUUGACAAGGAUGGUUACCUAUAUGUUAUCGAUAGGCUUAAGGAAUUGAUCAAGUACAAGGGAUUUCAGGUACCUCCGGCAGAAUUGGAACAACUGCUUCAAUCCCAUCCAGAGAUCACAGAUGCGGCAGUGAUACCAUACCCUGAUGAAGAAGCUGGCGAGUUACCAAUGGCAUUUGUGGUUAGACAGACUGGGAGCAGCCUCAGCGACGCAGAAAUCAUUGAUUUUGUUGCUAAACAGGUAGCACCAUACAAGAAAAUAAGGAGGGUAGCGUUUGUUGAUUCCAUCCCCAAGACUGCAGCAGGAAAAAUAUUGAGAAGGGAGCUGAAGAAGAUUGCUCUCCCAGUCCCAGGAUCCUCCUCCAAAUUAUGAUCCUAAUUCGUUUCUUCAAAGCUUCUUAAUUAUGAUUAUCCACAAAUUACUCUAAGCAGGUGCAAGUGGCUGAAUCAAAUUAAUUUGAGGUGAUAUUCUAUAAUUAACUCCCUUUUUUUUUUUAUUUAGAACUCGUGUAUCAAUAUUAAUAUGUAUUUAUUUGUUUAAAAUUUUAUCAUAUUGUGUAAAGUAAUACUGUUAAAAACCAUUGUAUUUAUAGCAUUGCUGCUUAACUAAAUAACUAAAUAAAUAAUUGAUAUGAUA